GAGUAUGUGUUCACAUUGAACAUGCAAAGUUUAUUGGUGUUGAGUGUCCGCAUCACACCAAGGUAAGAGAUUCCAGCCACACACUCCCAGGGAAGAUUUCCUUAUGAUAUUUCAUGCAUGCCAUCUCAUGCUUUUGCAUGACCUAUUAGAAGCUUAUAACCGUGAGGAACUGGAAGAGGACACACUGCACAAACAACAAUUUUGUUUUCUCAUUCUUCAUCAAUGGCUUCCCGCUUGACUUAUAUCCAGGCCAAAGCUGUUCUUCAAUUACACCCAAGGAUGAUAAAUUUUGCCUACUUUGGCAGAAAGCUUGAGCCUUUUUGCAGUUCUUUCCUGCACAACUUCAACUUCCAUGCAUCCUUGGCUCGUUUCUUAUCCUUUCAAUUCAACCCUUUCUUUGUCCAACUUUGCUAUUUCUUGAUCCUUUCUCUGUUUGGUUACAUGGGCCUCAAGGUCUCAAACCCAAGGUCCCCUGUUAGGCUCAAUGACCUUGAUCUGUUUUACACCUCUGUUUCUGCUUCCACAGUGUCUAGCAUGUCAGCCUUAGAAAUGGAGGUUUUCUCCAAUUCGCAGCUCAUUAUUCUCACCUUUCUCAUGUUACUUGGUGGGGAAGUUUUUAUUUCCUUUCUCCAACUCGUGUUUACAAGGUUCAAAUAUAGCACCACUCUUUCAAUGAAACAAGAUUCCUCAUUUAAGGCCAAUCAAAUUGAGCUUGGUUUAGUUUCUGUUUCUCACUCAGAAAACCAUAAACCCAAUCAAGUUGAGUCCUUCAACGAUAGAGAGAGACUUAAGUAUAAUUCUCUUAAGUGUUUGAGUCAUGUUGUGUUGAGUUACCUUAUUGUGGUUCAUUUUGUUGGUGUUGGUUUGGUCUCUUUGUACAUAUUGUUGAUACCAAGUGUGAGACAAGUACUAGAAAAAAAAGGCAUCAAAUUGCAAACAUUUUCUUUCUUCACCAUAGUUUCCACUUUUGCCAAUUGUGGUUUUGUUCCAACCAAUGAAAACAUGGUUGUUUUCAAGAAGAAUUCAGGGCUUCUCAUCCUUCUCCUCCCACUUGUCUUUCUGGGUAACACCCUUUACCCACCAUGUUUGAGGCUUGUCAUAAAGCUUCUGAAAAAAGGUACCGGAAGAGAGGAAUUCUCGUACUUGCUGAAGAAUUCGAAAGAGAUGGGUUAUGGCCAUUUGCUCUCUGGUCUUCAUUGCUGGCUCCUGCUUGUUACUGUUUUUGGGUUCAAUAUGGUGCAAUUUAUAAUGUUGUGCUCCAUGGAGCGGAACUCCAAAAGUAUGGAGGGUUUAAAUCUAUAUGGGAAAUUGGUUGCUUCUUUGUUUCAAGUUACAAAUACGAGACAUGCUGGUGAAUCUGUUUUUGAUCUCUCCACAGUCUCUUCAGCCAUAUUGGUGCUCUUCAUUGUCAUGAUGUACCUUCCACCAUACACUACAUUUUUAUCUGUAAGGGACCAAGAAAAUAAUGCCAAGAGAGAAGAAAAAAGCAUAGUGGAGUGUCUUGUAUUCUCUCAAAUCUCUUACUUGGUUAUUUUCAUCAUUCUGAUUUGCAUCACUGAGAGAGAAAGCUUGAAAGAGGAUCCCCUCAACUUUAAUGUCCUGAACAUCACCCUAGAAGUCAUCAGUGCAUAUGGGAACGUGGGAUUCUCAACAGGGUAUAGCUGCGCAAGGCAAUUGAAACCUGAUGCUAUGUGCAGAGAUUCAUGGGUUGGAUUUUCUGGUAGGUGGAGCACUAAAGGCAAGUCGAUCCUCAUCUUUGUCAUGUUCUUUGGGAGGCUCAAGCAAUUCAAUAUGAAUGGUGGCAAACCCUGGCAUCAAUCCAAGCAUAUACCUAACAGCACAAAUGCUUCGCAAACAUGAAUAAUUUUACUCUAUAUAUAUAGUCGAGCAAGUUUUGUCCUCAAGCGCCUACAAGCAUAUAGCUUUAUAGCGUGUUUGGUUUUAUGGUAGAAAGCAUCAGCUUAUGAUAACUUUUGCUCUGUCCAAUCAUGCUAUCGGUAAAGGGGUAAAUAGUAACAAAUGCUAUUUGCAUGAAGAGUUGCAAUACUUACAAUACGAGUAAUGUUUCAUCCACACCUCUCUUUUGAGGUGGAGAGGUGGAAUGGUGAGAUAGAUAGGAAGAAAAGAAAAAGUAAGAGAGAGAAAAUAUGAGAUGUGAUAAAUGAUAAGAUGAGAGAGAUAGAAAUAAAAAGAGGUGAAAAUGGAGUGUUUAAAAAAUGAGGUGUGUAUAUAUCAUUACUCAGUUUGGAUAUGAUACAUGAGCUGAAGUGGACCAAUUAAACAAA